GAUUUCUCCAAACCAGAGUCCUUUUGCGGCCACAAGGGCGCUUCACCUUGGCGUACGAUUUUAUGUCCCUUUGAAAGGAGGCGUGGAUGAUCCCCUGUGGAGUGCAUCCCACCAGAAGCGUCUGGACCCUUCGAAUCCGCUCACGGUACUAGUUCGCCUGUGCCUUCGCCAUUCGCGCGCUAUCUGCUAGCAUACACGUCGCAUAAACGGCUAUCCUGCAAACUUCUGAGCACAAGCAGGUGCAUAAGUCCGAUCGUCUUUGCUCUCACUGCCACUGUCCGAUCCCCUCCGCUUCCGCUUGCCAUCUCGUCCUCCACACCAAGCUUUUCCUGCGUCGCCCACCAUACGACUUACGCUCCACCCGCCUCACCCGUCUGAUACCUUUCUGAAGCGGCUUUUUUGUAUACCUAAGCGAUAAAAUACAUCUGCGGUCCCCUCGAGCGUUCGCGUCGUUCGUGGCACACCACGAGGGGGACCAAUUGCUGCGAACCAUCAUCAGACCAUUCCUCAUGAAUUUCCCCACACGCCGUCCGCAUGUAUGCGCGCGAGAACUCUGAAGGUAGACGACGCGAACACACUCGGCGAAGAUUGACACGCGCAUCUGGGCUGCGAACGAAGGAGUGAGCAAUAAUGCCGACGUACAUAUGCCAUGGGUUUCGAUGGCCCCGCCCUCUGAUUCGCAUUCACAUCAUCCUGCAGAAUCUCGACGACGCUGCUGCAGAAUGGCUAAUGGCGCCCCGGACCACAGAGACGAUGCUUCAAAACUUCAAGACCAUAUACCCGGAGAUAAUGCCGUCGCUGCCUAAUCUGAAGUUCGUCGAGCAGUAUGAUCCCUUGGAUGAGAGUGCCGAGUCCAAAUCACAGCCAUAUGCCUACGUGUGCGACGUUGUGCAUGAGGUCAAAUUAGGCAUUGAGUUUGACGAAGUGCGUGGCAAAGGCGUGCCUAACGAUGCGUGGACAGCAAUGAUGGAUCUAAGGGAUAAAUUAGCCCCAGGAGAGAAGGUUAGUUGGUUCGUGGUCGUGUGUGGUGAUGUAGAAAGGUGGAGUCCACCGGAGGCGAACACGUUGACUGGCACGGUAAACGGGUUGAACGGCUUGCAUUCAAAUGGACGGGUGAAUGGGUACAAGGCCUCUGGAACGAAUAGAUCGAGUUGGGGGAGGGAUGAUAGCGAGACUAGCAGGCCCAGCACAUCUCGCAGCUUCAAAAAGUUAUUCGGUGGCGGAGUGCUAAGAAAGUCUAAGAGUAUGAAAAGCAUUAGCAACAUGUCUGGCUCGCAGCCCAAUUCGCCAAACGAAGUCCCUCCCUUGCCGCAAUCGCCGCCGCUCUCUAGUCUGCCAGCCCAGCAAGCGCAAAGUACGGCUCCACUGGCGCCGCCCAAGAGCGGACCGAACAUCACCCACGCUUAUGCACGCCUUCCCCCCGAGUUAAGGAAUCCGCCACCGCCGCAGAGGUCGCCGCCACAAGCACCUGAAGCAUCCGUCUCCGGCGGGUAGUCCUCUCCUCCUUCCUUCCUUUCUCGCCUGGACAAUGAACACGCGCUUAUGAGCCCAAGAAAAGAACAGCGGAUAGGGUGUUUGUCUUAAUGAACUUUUUGGUGAUCAGCGAAUGGGCGGGCACAUGAAAAGAAGUCGCGCCGAUUAUUUUUUAUCCCCGAAAGAACGAUGGCUAGAAGCAGGCCUGUGCUGCAGUCGACGUGAGGCGGGACGAGCCGUCGGUGUACGCAUUUCUUUUCUUCCGUGUUUUUUUUUUCGGAACCAAAUUUUUUGGAAUCAAAAGCUCUACUUUCGGCGGUGGGGGAAAAUCUGGCACUGCGACCUCGUUUUGCUAGGCUAGAGGUACGCUGCGCUUCUCAUGCAUAAUGCGGUGUUGGCUUCACAGGUUUAGCAUUGUAAUCUCUCUCUCUCUCUCGCUUCGCCAGCAGUUUAUAUCGACGGCGGCGACUCGGACAUAUAGACAUGGUUCAGAUCAGUCUCACUGCUGAAUAAUACACCAUUGCCUACGCGCAUCCGGA